AUGGCGAUGGGGCAAGAAAAAUCUGUGGUCAAAGUUAUAGCUAUCAGCGGAUCCCUUCGUAAAGCUUCCUACAGUAGUGGCCUCAUUCGAGCUGCAAUUGAGUUGACCAAGGAGUCGAUAAUUGGCAUGGAAAUUGAGCAACUCGACAUUUCGCAGUUGCCAAUGGAAAACUUUGAUCUUGAAGGAGACGAAGACAAUACUUCCUUAGAUGUUGAAAUUUUGCACCAAAAACUUCGUUACGGGGCUGGAAGUUUUCCACCAGUUGUUGAAGAUUUUCGACAGAAAAUUCUUGAAUCUGAUUGCAUUCUUUUUUCAUCUCCUGAGUUCAAUUAUUCAGUCUCUGCACCCUUGAAGAAUGCAAUAGACUGGGGCUCUAGAGCCCCAAAUGUUUGGGCCGAUAAACCUGCCGCAGUCAUAAGUGUUUCAGGAGCAAUGGGCGGUGCACGAGGACAGCUUCACCUUCGCCAAAUUGGAGUCGAUGUGGAUCUUCAUUUCGUUAACAAGCCUGAGUUUUUCCUUGACGCAUUUAAGCCUCCUACAAAGUUUGAUACCCAAGGCAACCUGAUUGAUGAACAAGCAAAGAAGAGGUUGAAGAAAGUCCUUUUAGCCUUGCGAACUUUUACCUUGAGACUCCAAGGCAACAAAUGCGGAAAUUAA